AUGUCAUUUGAUCUAAAUAGACUUUUCAAUUACUCAGAAUUAACUAAAGUACUCGAAUGGAUUAUCACCCAAAUUAAAUCUCAAGACAACCACAUCAAAGAUAUAAAAGCAGCCCAAGCUGUUUUUCAGACAAAAUCCGAAGAUAUGGACAGCUCAAUUAAAAUAAUUCAAGAAAAAUGCACCACCUUUGAAGAAGGCCUUGAAACAAUAAAUAAAAUUUCAGACAAAGUAACAUCAUGAAGUGAAAGAUUUCGAGUCCUUGAAGAAAAAAACUUCCAAUUUUCCAUUGACAUAGAAAAUUUAAAAAAUUCAUUCGAAGCGAGCACUGAUGAAAUAAAGCUAGAAGGAAGGAGAAAUUAUGAUCAAAUUUCUAAUGAAUUGAGAAGAGAAUUCGCAAUAAAAAUUUCAGAAACUGACAAGGGGUUUACCAAUCAAGUUGCGAGGACAAUUGAUGAAAUUGAUAAGCUAAGAAAUGAUUUAUAGUUAUUUUAAAUUGAUAGAUAAAUUAAUAAUUUUUAGAAAAAAUUAUAGAAAUUCAGCCAAUAAAGCAUACAUUUUGCAACUGAUAGAGUAAAUGAGGUAGCUGACCAUGUAAAUGUGAUGGAUACUGUAACAGCUCCUAUUGAUAUAAAUCCUGCAAUGUUAAGACGGCCUUCUAUUAGAAGAACUGAUAUAAGGAGCAAUACAAUUGCAGCAGAAGUGCCGAUAAGUCAUUUUCAUGCUUUAAGCAGCAGAGUUACAGCACUAGAAAGCAAAUAUAAUGAUUAUUUUGAAGCACAAGAGGCUAGAGAAAUCCGAAACCUUCUGAAAGUUGAUGAUUUGAAUUUAAAAGACAAAAGAGUUAUGGAUGAUGUCGCAAUCGAAGUCCAAGAAAGAUACGCAAAAUUAGUCGACGAAAUGAGAUCUCUCAAAAUUCUGCUUGAGGCUGGCAACUCAGAUAUUGUCCAUGAAGAUUCUGAUAGCGAAAAAGCUCCAAAGUCCAAAAAAUAUUUAUCAAUAAUCGACAGAAUAUUUAAGCUAGAAAGAUCCACAAAGGAAACCAAAAGAUUUAAAGAUAAUUUAGAAAAAAUAUCAAAAAGCAUAGAAGAGCAUCAGAAGUUAAUUAGAGAAAUAAAAGAAUCCCAAGCACCCACCCAAGCUGUCCUUAAAAUCGUAGAAACGAUUGACCCUCCAGCUGAAAAUCCUCAUCUUUUACGCCCACGAAGUGGAAGCUUUGAUAUUUCAUCUUUAACUUCAUCUUUAUCUAGACAUGAAGAAAUCAUCGAUUUUAUACACAAAACCCUCCCUACAUUAGCCACAAAAAUUGAGCUUGAAGAAACAGUCAACUCAAUUGGCUUAAAAAUCAAAGAUGCAGCGAAACAUCAAACUGUCCCUGAAGAAGUGACUGAAAAACUCAAUGAAUUUGAGCAGAGGCUUAAUGGCUUUUGAAAAGAAAACAAAGACUUUUUAGAAGCAUUUGCCAAAAUAGAAGCAUGGAGAAAAGAUGUAGAAAAUGAUUUAAAUUAUAUUACCGAUGUCAAAGUCAGCACAAUAGAACAGAGGCUGCUAAACUUAGAAAUAAGCCAUAAUAGAAGAGGAAGUGAAGAAAAUGAAAAAAUUGUGAAAGAAGUACAAAGCACUUUUUCGGCUGAAAGUGAGCAGUAUUUCCGCAGCAUGAUUAUAGGACUAAGAACAGAUAUUGUGAAACUAAAAGACUCAGUAGAGCAUGUGAAAAAAGAUAUAGAAAACGAAAAAAACCUUUUUCAUAUUGACAGUGAAACGGCGAUUGAUGAAAUGCAAGACCCAAACAACACAAGCAAAAUUAUUGCGACACUAAAAAAGCAUGGGAGUGCUAUAAGAUUUCUGGCAAAUAGACUAGCCCCAGGCAGUGAUGAUAAAAUUUUUAAAGUUUACGAAGCAAAUGCACAAUUAAGCUACUUAGAAGAGCUUAAAAAAGAAAUGAAAGAAAUGAUCAACAAGCAGGAAAGCUCUAAAAGUCUGUCUAGUAAAGAAGUAGAAUUAAUACAAGAAAUCUAUGUAAUGCUUGAUUCAAAAAUAAACAAGCAGGAGCUAGGAAAGAAGGUAGAUAAGGCAGAAAUGCAAAGGAUUUAUAGACUGCUGAAGAAUCGAAUUGAUGAUGUGGCAAAUAAUGUGAAAAAGAAUGAAAUGACUUCUAGCAGAGGAGAAGAUGCAUUUUUCUCUAAAAAAAGACUGGAUAUGGAGUGUGCCUCCUGUGGACAAUUUUUACCAGAAAAAGUCGACCAGCAAAGGUGAUAUUAUGAAGCGUGGAAUCGUUUUCCUGCAAAUAAGACUUCUUCGUUUGGGCCUGGGUUUUCCAAAAUAUUAAAUUCGCUGGUAAUGAGCCCAACUGGGUCUUUUGGACUACCAACAAAGAGAUGUGAGUCAACUACGCCUGAUAUGCUACAUACAGGGACAAGUACAGCAGUUCCUGCUUCUCGAAAAAAUGCAAUUAAAAGAAAUAAAUUACCGACUAUGAGGCUUUAA